AAGAGUUAGUCCAUAGUUUGAGGUCAAGCAAAACCUUACGUUAACUAAGAUUCGCGUGUCUAUUGUUCUUCCCUCUCAGCACUUGAAUUUCUAUCAUUUGACGACUCAUUCCCCCCUUCCGUUCAUUCCGUCGGAUCUGAUCCAUCUUUUUGGGAAAACUUUUUAUUCUUCUCCUUCACCUUCUUAGGGACGAAACUGUAUAUAUACAUAUCUAUUGUGACAAAGUUAGGAGACGAUUAAGUUGUUUAUGCGAUUAAAUUAAACGAGUUAUAAUAAAAAUUAACCAAAAUGGCCUCUCCCUUUCCGUUGAUCUUCUUCAUCGCCAUAAUUUCCGUUUCAAUCUUGUUCGUGCUUCCGGUGUCUUCCACCUCCAGAAACGGGCUCAAACAGACGAGCAGAGGGUUCCGGGCGACUCUCCGGCACGUCGAUUCCGGCAGAAACUUGACCGGAAUCGAACGCCUGAGACGCGGAAUGAAGCGCGGCAGUUACAGACUCCACAGGCUCAGCAUGGCGGGCGGGGCGGAGCGAUCCGACUUGAAGUCGAUGGUACACCCCGGCUCCGGCGAGUUCCUGAUGGAGCUCUCCAUCGGGACCCCGCCGUCGCCGUUCGAGGCGAUCGUGGACACGGGGAGUGACUUGAUAUGGACUCAGUGUAAGCCAUGCCGGAGUUGCUUCCCGCAGAAAACCCCGAUUUUCGACCCGGAGAAAUCGUCUUCCUUCUCCCGCCUCCCCUGUUCCGACAAGCUCUGUUCCGCGCUUCCGAUGCGGCUGUGCGGCGACCGCGGCUGCGAUUACAGCUACUCUUACGGCGAUUACUCCACCACAGAAGGCGCUAUGGCGACGGAAAAGUUCACAUUUGACAACAAAGCUUCGAUCAGGAAGGUUGCUUUUGGCUGCGGCAACGAUAAUGAAGGGUCUGGAUUCAAUCAGGGCGCCGGCCUGGUGGGUCUCGGCCGCGGCCCGCUGUCUCUGGUUUCCCAGCUCGAACAACCCAAAUUUUCUUACUGCUUAACCGCCAUCGACGGCGGCGGAAAGAGCACGCUUUUGAUGGGGUCCCUAGCCGGGGGCAAAACCGGGAAUUCCUCAAAAGUCACUACCCCUCUGGUAAAAAACCCCUCUCAGCCGUCGUUUUACUAUAUUACCCUCGAGGGGAUAACCGUCGGCGAAACUCGGCUCCCCGUGGCGGAGUCCGCGUUCAAGCUGAGCCGCGACGGCAGCGGCGGGAUGAUAAUCGACUCCGGCACCACCCUGACGUACCUACAGACGGAGGCGUUUGCGGCGCUGAAGAGUGAGUUUAAGAAGCAGACGAAUCUGGCGGUGGACGAAUCCGGGUCGACGGGUCUGGACUUGUGCUUCAAAUUGCCGUCGGGCGCGGAGGAGAUCGACGUGCCGAAGCUGACUUUCCACUUCGGCGGCGGCGCCGAUUUGAACCUCCCCGGAGAGAAUUACGUGGUGGCGGACAAGAGCUAUGGGGUGGCGUGCCUGGCCAUGGGCAGCGCCGACGGGAUGUCCAUAUUUGGAAAUGUUCAGCAACAGAAUAUGAUGGUGGUUCAUGAUCUGGCCAAGGAGACCAUCUCCUUUGAGCCAACAAAUUGUGAUCAGCUCUAAAUCUUAGUUUCAUAGUUUCAUUGCAUCAAACUAUAUUACACAUUAUACCACUCCUGGUUUGAGAUUUUCAAAUGAAAUGAAAUACAUAUGAAGCACAAAGUUACUAUCCUAGAAAUGAUGGCUCACUUUUUCCCACACUCAAAUUACCA